AUGCCGCCUGUCGCAGACGUCGAUACCGCGAAGCCUCGCGCGUCGCACGAAUCCCUGUCCUCCGCGUCGACCACCAGUCUCGUCUUCGAACGGAUACAAGAACGCAACGAGAAGCAGGCACACCCCGAGAAGGAUGAGAAAGGCCAUGGCCAUGACGCUGGCUACGAUGACCUCGACGAUCAAGAUCCGCUGAGGGAGCCGGCCGAGGACCUCGAAACAGGCCCCUUCCUGGGAGACGACGGUAAUGGUGCGUCUCAGCUGCAGAGGGCCCGGCGCCAGCCCAUGGACAAGAAGAUGCGACGCAUCCUCAUCGCGGCUUUCGUCGUCUUCUGUCUGGGCUGGUUCGUCUCUCUAGCUGUCUUUGUCGCGAAAGGGUCCUACAAACACUUGAGCGACGUGGACCACGACCCCGACGCGAGUUCCCGUGGGUCGGGCAAGUCGGUGACUUUGGAUCAGGUGCUGGGAGGCUUCUGGAACGCGAAACAGCACAGCAUCAGCUGGAUCGCCAACCCCGAGGGCCAGGACGGUCUAUACGUGGAGCAGGGCACUGCCGGCAAGGACUUUCUUGUCGUUGAGCAUGUGCGCUCCCAAGACGAAGACAAGGACAAGCGCGGGGAGGAUAUUCCUGCAUCUCGGACACUCAUGAAAGAGGCGUCUUUCCAGUUCGGCGACGAGACAUUCCGUCCUGCCUGGACCAAGCCUAGUCCCGAUUUGAAAAGAGUCCUUCUGGGCGUGAACAAGGAGAAGAACUGGCGCCAUUCAUUCAUGGCGACGUACUUCAUCCUCGAUGUCGCGUCGCAGAAGGUCGAACCUCUGGUGCCCCUCGACGCCCAGGCGCGCGUUCAGCUCGCGCAGUGGAACCCACAGAGCGAUGCCAUUGCCUUCACCCGCGAUGACAACAAUCUGUACAUCCGUCAUCUCCAGGACGGUAGGAAGGAGAACAAGGUCACACAGGUCACCCACAACGGCGGUGCGGAAUACUUCAACGGUGUGCCGGACUGGGUGUACGAGGAGGAGGUGCUUCAUGAGCGCAUCGCCACCUGGUGGUCUGCCGACGGAGGCCACCUCGCCUUUCUCCAGACAAACGAGACGGGCGUCCCCGAGUAUCCCGUGCAGUACUUCCUGUCGCGACCCAGUGGCACUGAGCCCCCGGAGGGCGAGGAGCGCUAUCCCGAGGUUCGCCAGAUCAAGUACCCCAAGGCUGGUGCGCACAACCCCGUUGUCCAAGUCCGCUACUACAACGUCGACAAGGACGAGGUCUUCAGCGUCGACGCUGACAAGCAAUUUCCCGAUGAUGACCGCGUAGUCAACCACCUCGUCUGGGCCGGGAACGACAAGGCCAUCAUCAAGCAGACGAAUCGCAUCAGUGACGUUCUAAAGGUCGUCUUGGUGGAUGUUGGGGAGCGGAAAGCGCACAUUGUUCGCGAGCGUGAUGUUGGCAAGGAGGAUGGUGGCUGGUUCGAGCUAUCGCAUCAUCUAGCGUACGUGCCUGCCGAUGGCAAGAAUGGGCGUGAGCACGAUGGCUACGUGGACUCUGUCAUCCACGACGGAUACGAUCACAUUGCGUACUUCACACCCCUUAACAACCCUGAUCCCAUCAUGCUCACGUCUGGCCAAUGGGAGGUGGAAGACGCGCCAUCUUCCGUCGACCUGGUUAACAACCUCGUCUACUUCAAGGCCGCCAAGGAGUCUUCCAUUCAGCGACACGUAUACUCCGUCUCCCUGCUCGAUGGGUCCAACCUCGAGUGUCUCACCGACCCCAAGACUGAGGCCUACUACGACGCAUACUUUUCAACAGAGUCGGGCUACACACUGCUGACGUACCACGGUCCGAAAACGCCCUACCAGAAGAUCAUCACCACCCCGUCAUUGCCAAAAGAUCAGGGGCCCUACGAGCGCACAAUUGAAGAGAACAGAAAUCUCGCCGACCAAGCCCGCCGCCACGCCCUCCCGGUCCUCUCCUACGGCACGCUGGAUUUGCCGCACGGCAUCAGUGUCAACUACCUCGAACGUCGCCCACCGCACUUCAACCCUUCCAAAUCCUACCCCAUCCUCUUCCAGCAGUACUCCGGUCCCGGGUCGCAGCAGGUGACCAAAAAAUUCCGCGUCGACUUUCAAUCCUACGUCGCCUCCUCUCUCGGCUACAUUGUCGUCACUGUCGACCCUCGCGGCACAGGCUUCAAGGGCCGUGAUCACCGCGUCGGGGUCCGCGGCCAGCUAGGCGUGCUGGAAGCCGAGGACCACAUCGCAGCCGCCCAACACUUCGCGUCGCUCCCCCACGUCGACGAGACCCGUCUGGCCAUCUGGGGCUGGUCCUACGGCGGCUUCACCACCCUCAAGACCCUCGAGCAGGACGCCGGACAGACGUACGCGUACGGCGUCGCCGUCGCUCCCGUCACAGACUGGCGAUUCUACGACAGCGUGUACGCGGAGCGAUACAUGCGCCUCCCCAAGGACAAUAAGGACGGCUACGACGAAUCAAGUGUCCACAACGCCACUGCUCUGGGGGAGAAUGUUCGCUUCCUCUUGAUGCACGGCGUCGCCGACGACAACGUCCACUUCCAGAACAGUCUGACCCUCCUGGACGCCCUCGAUCUCGCGGGCGUAGAGAACUACGACGUGCAUGUCUUCCCUGAUAGUGAUCACGGCAUUUACUUCCAUCAGGCCAACAGGAUUGUGUUCGAUAAAAUCACAAACUGGCUCAUCAAUGCAUUCAACGGUGAAUGGUUGACCAUCAAGAAUCCCAAGCCCAUUGAUAAAUAA